UUUUCUUCUCUUGCAGACGACUUUGCAGAGGAGGAGGAGAUGCAAUCCUUCGGUUACAAGAGGUUUGGUAUUCAAGAAGGAACACAAUGUACCAAAUGUAAAAAUAACUGGGCACUGAAGUUUUCUAUUAUAUUAUUAUACAUUUUGUGUGCCUUGCUAACAAUCACAGUAGCCAUUCUGGGAUACAAAGUUGUAGAGAAAAUGGACAAUGUUACAGGUGGCAUGGAGACAUCUCGCCAAACCUAUGAUGACAAGCUCACAGCAGUGGAAAGCGACCUGAAAAAAUUAGGGGACCAAACUGGGAAGAAAGCUAUAAGCACCAAUUCAGAACUCUCCACCUUCAGAUCAGACAUUCUAGAUCUUCAACAACAACUUCGUGAGAUUACAGAAAAGACCAGCAAGAACAAGGAUACUCUGGAGAAGUUACAGGCGAGUGGGGAUGCUCUAGUGGACAGGCAGAGUCAACUGAAAGAAACUCUGGAGAAUAACUCUUUCUUCAUCACCACUGUCAACAAAACCCUCCAGGCAUAUAAUGGCUAUGUCACAAAUCUGCAACAAGAUACCAGUGUGCUGCAGGGCAACCUGCAGAGCCAAAUGUAUUCUCAUAAUGUGGUCAUCAUGAACCUCAACAACCUGAACCUGACCCAGGUGCAGCAGAGGAACCUCAUCACUAACCUGCAGCGGUCUGUCGAUGACACGAGCCAGGCUAUCCAGCGAAUCAAGCACGACUUCCAAAAUUUGCAGCAGGUUUUCCUUCAAGCCAAGAAGGACACCGAUUGGCUGAAGGAGAAAGUCCAGAGCUUGCAGACGCUGGCCGCCAAUAACUCUGCCUUGGCCAAAGCCAACAAUGACACCCUGGAGGAUAUGAACAGCCAGCUCAGCUCAUUCACAGGUCAGAUGGACAACAUCACCACGGCCUCACAAGCCAACGAGCAGAACCUGAAAGACCUGCAGGACAUACACAAGGAUGCAGAGAACAGAACGGCCAUCAAGUUCAGCCAGCUGGAGGAACGCUUCCAGCUCUUUGAGACAGAUAUUGUAAACAUCAUUAGCAACAUCAGUUACACAGCCCACCACCUGCGGACGCUGACCAGCAAUCUGAAUGAAGUCAGGACCACUUGCACAGAUACCCUGACCAAACACACGGAUGAUCUGACCUCCUUGAAUAACACGCUGGCCAAUAUCCGUUUGGAUUCAGUUUCUCUCAGGAUGCAGCAAGAUAUGAUGAGAUCAAGAUUAGACACUGAAGUAGCGAAUUUAUCAGUGAUUAUGGAAGAAAUGAAGCUAGUGGACUCCAAGCAUGGUCAGCUCAUCAAGAAUUUUACAAUACUACAAGGUCCUCCUGGCCCCAGGGGUCCGAAAGGUGACAGAGGACAGCAGGGCCCCCCUGGUCCCACUGGCAACAAGGGACAGAAAGGAGAGAAGGGGGAGCCUGGUCCACCUGGCCCUGCUGGUGAGAGGGGCCCAAUUGGGCCAGUCGGCCCCCCUGGAGAGCGAGGCAGCAAAGGCUCCAAAGGCUCUCAGGGUGCCAAAGGCUCCCGCGGGUCCCCAGGGAAGCCCGGCCCUCAGGGACCCAAUGGGGACCCCGGCCCUCCAGGCCCUCCAGGCAAGGAUGGACUCCCCGGCCCCCAGGGCCCUCCUGGCUUCCAGGGACUACAGGGCACUGUGGGGGAACCCGGGGUGCCUGGACCGCGGGGGCUGCCAGGCUUGCCUGGGGUGCCAGGCAUGCCAGGCCCCAGGGGCCCUCCAGGCCCCCCAGGCACAUCAGGAGCAGCAGUGCCCCUGGCCCUCCAGAAUGAGCCAACAACAGCACCUGAGGCCAAUGGCUGCCCUCCUCACUGGAAGAAUUUCACAGACAAAUGCUACUAUUUUUCGGUUGAGAAAGAAAUUUUUGAGGAUGCAAAACUUUUCUGUGAAGACAAGUCUUCACAUCUCGUUUUCAUAAACACAAGAGAGGAACAGCAAUGGAUCAAAAAGCAGAUGGUAGGGAGAGAAAGCCACUGGAUCGGCCUCACGGACUUGGAGCAUGAGAGCGAAUGGAAGUGGCUGGACGGGACAUCUCCGGAGUAUAAAAAUUGGAAAGCCGGACAGCCAGAUGACUGGGGCCAUGGCCAUGGGCCAGGAGAAGACUGUGCUGGGCUGAUUUACGCUGGGCAGUGGAACGAUUUCCAGUGUGAAGACAUUAAUAACUUCAUAUGCGAAAAAGACAGGGAGACAGUACUAUCAUCUUCAUUAUAAUGGACUGUGAUGUAAUCACAUGAUCAAAUUUUCGGACAGUUCUCAAAGGCAAAGGAUACUCCCUUCUGAUUGCAUCACCUGCUCUCCAGAUUGGAAAAAAAGCACUGAAAACCAAUUACAAAAAAAAUUGACAGCUAAUGUUCUUUACCAUCUGCCAUCACUCAAGGACUUUGGAACAAAAAUGUUCCCCGGUAUGAGAUAUUGAUUUUCAGUAUGCAAAUGGACUGAAUUACAGAUUUUUCAGCCAGUAGCCGUACAGUUAUGCAAAUCAUAUCUUCCAAAGUAUGGAAUGCUCCGAUCAUAAAAAGAUUAUCAUCGGUUGCUGAGCUUUAGGAAGAACUUACACAUAUACUGUGUAAACAGUACCUUACAUUUCUAAAAUCCCAAAUGUAGGAAAAAUAUGCAGACAUAGAGAUAUAUAGGCCAACUCUUAAUAAUAUGAAAUAUACUUAAAGAGCUUUUAAAACUG